AUGUCCUAUCCGAUGCUCCUGCCUCCGUUGUGCGAUCCCGAGGAUGGUCACUUACUCAUGGACGGCGCCUUUGUCAACAAUGUUCCAGGUAGAAAUGAACGUCGAAGAAGAAGCUUCGUUUGCUUGAACGUUAGGUUUAAUGAACGAGAGUCCAUUAUCAAGAUGAGCACAAUUAGGAAACAACUAGAGGAAUGA